GUAUCACCGAUCGCAUAGCCCCUUUAUUCACUGUUUAUGUCUAAGCCCCCUUACGUCACACACAUGAAGGCACCGCUCUGAAUUAAUCGGCAACUUACAAAAAGGUUAAAGUCCUCUCAAAAUUCCAGGUUUCUCCCCUGCCUUUACUCUAAGUCCAAACCUAAAGACCGGGAGUAAAGCCCCAACUCCCAAGCUCAUCCUGGUUUCCUUUUCAAUUUUGCAAAAACUCUCUCUCUCUCUCUCUCUUUCGAUUAUCAUGGAGAUCAUAGCCCUUUGCAGCCCAAGUUUGCUGACAUUCUUCUUUUUGUUUCUUUCCAUUUAUCUCUUUGCUUACUUUUCAGUCAUCCGUAACUUGGGUCCCAAACACCGGCCUGAAGCUUCAAGCUGCUUUAUCUCCUUAGCUCAUGGAACGCCUGCAGUUUUCAUGGCUAUUAAUGCAUUAAUAAACACCCAAUUCCCUCCUUCCUUUGCUUCUCCAAACUCUGUUUUACACAACAUUGUACUCGAAUACAGUAUUUCUUACUUCUUGAUGGGCCUUCUCCAUUAUUUAGUCUUUUUCCCUACUGAUAUUCUCUUCAUUCUCCACCAUUUAGCCACAUUGUAUGUCUUUUCCAUGUGUCGUUACAUGGUUCAUCGUGGGGCAUUUGCCCUUCUCAUGCUACUUAUUCUUUCUGAAGUUACAAGCCUUUGUCAGAACGUCUGGACUAUUGCUGGUUUCCGAAAAGCUGAUGUUCGUGCUGCUGCAAAAUUGUGCAAGCUUUUGUGUCCUCCGUUUUGUGCUUUGUAUUCUGUUGCUAGGGGGAUUAUGAGGCCGUUCCUUGUAUAUAAGAUGGGGAUCUUCUAUAUCAAUGGAUUGGCUGAGAAUUUGAUUCCAACAUGGGCUUGGUCUUCUUGGAUGGUUGUGAUUAUUACAGCAAUCUUGGUAACUACAAUUUGGGUAUUUGAUCACUGGAUGGACUGGUAUAAAGAAACUAUACAGCUGUGAAGAAAGUGAUCUAGAAAUUGGGGGUGCCUCCAACUUUCCAAGAGUGGAUAGCUCGUCGGAGGAAGAUUAUAGAAAGGUGAUUGAAGGGG